GUGUAGUAUUCGCAACUUCAGGUUCGCAGUCUAUCCUCAACCACUGCCUCACCUAGACUAAUACCGCGACCUACAACUCUUCCACAAGCAAUUCUCGAUGGCAGACGCAGACGAAGAUGCCAUCCACAUCACCCCGGCGUCCGGUCAUGACGACCUCGAGGACGAAACACAAGAUUUCCGCUUUCUAACUCAAUUGACCUCCUCCAGCGCUGGGCAAGCCGUUAUCCCAAAGCGCGGCACGAAAGACUUUGAACCCAAUCCUACUCGCUCACAAUCAUCUGCCCUCGAUGCCUCCCGCCUUGCUAUGCACACUGCCUUGAGUGCAGUUAGGGUGCACUCGGGAAAGAAUCACAUUGUAGGACAAUACCUGCCCGACGAAAAUGACUGGAGGUUUGACGACAACGGUUCUGGAGUAAGACAUGCAAGAUGCGUAGUGGUGCCGAGGUUCAAGAGCACACAUCUCAAAGUCAUGGGUGUGGCUGAUAGAUAUAACUGGACCUGGUUCCUACCAGAAGAAGCACUCUUCCUACUAGAAAGAGGAAGUCUGGACAUCCGAUGGCCAGACAUGGACGGGCCGGAGCAUGACGUACCUGAGGAAAAGGAACAGGAUUCAGACGAUGCAGAACAUCCCACGGGCUCUGCACAAGACGAGGUCAGCACACAGGAUACGGCCGAGCAGGAAGAUCAUCCAGUCGCACCCAAAUCUCGAGAAGAGCCAGAUUUGAAGAUCGGCGAACUUCCCAUGAGUCUACAGGGUGCUUAUGCUAGCUUCAUAGGCAAAGACGGCUUGACAUUAGAGCGGUACAGCGUCUACGCGGCGCUGAAAAGAGCAGGCUAUGUCGUCCAACGAGCGCCGACAUGGCACGACGUCGACCCUCCCCGAGCAAAUGGGGACGCCUACCACAACCCAGACCAGCCGCAAAAUCUCACAACAACGUCUACUCGUGACGCAUCUCAGCCUCUGUCUUCAGCAGCAGCCAUAAUCCACAGACUGGUUUCCUGGCUCUUUCAACCUCGCGGCGGUGAACAAUCAUGUCCAGCCCUAGGUCCCCUCGUCGCACCCGGCCUAUACAGAAACUACGCAGACAUAUUCCGCUCACUAGCACUAAUACCAUACCACGACGCAUCGAGCACAUCGAGAGCUGCUUCUUCUCCCCAACCGUCACCCCCACAACCACCCUUCCGCGUCCACUUCCACGUCUGGAAACCCGUCAACGCACACACAUACCGCAAGACCGCCCCUCCACCACCAGACUACCGUAUCGUGGUCGUCGACGCGCGCACCACUUCCGUGCCCACCCUGACACAGAUUGGGCAACUGCUUGACACACAGCCUGAAGACUCCCUCUCGAAAGAGAAGGGGGGUCGACUUGAGGUGCGGAUCAAGCAUGGAAGGAGGAAUGUUCUUCUGGCGAUCGUGGACAUGGGUGUGGUAAGCUAUCUCAGGCUGAGUGACGCUUGUUUUGGUGCGGAGAAAUUGUUCGAGGAGAAAGCCAGGUCUGGGUCGAAGGGUCAGCGACGAGGUGCUGGUGGUGGAGGUCGGGGUGGUGCGAGACAUGGCCAGGGGAGGGGGCAAGGCCAGCCGAAGGGCAAGUAGACUUGAUGCCGGUCGUGUGUUCACUGGCAAGGUUACCUGACGUGUGAUGACUUGACGAGCUAGAGGUGAAGACUGAGCACGGGCAAAGAUGGCGAAAAGCAGGAUAUGAUAGAAAUGAUACCCCAUAUAGACAGAACGGCGGCCUAGGCAGAGGGCUUUAAGUAUGGCAUACAAUACAGUACAAUACGUUUUCCUACAAU